UUCAGCACCUCAGCAAUCUCAUUUUAUUCAGCAACCGAAAGUUUCGAACAAAUUGACCAUUGAGCUCAUUCAACCUCUCAUCCAAACCACCAGCUCUCCUUUGCAUAGUACUCAUCAUCAUGAUUAGGCACAGCCACAAUGGCGUGGUCCUUCAGGUGGAUCAAUCGCUCUUCCCAAAACGCACAAAGCGAGCCUCAGCUCCUCCCAAAAUGCCUAUGACCAUCGCCAUUCCAUCCGGAAGACCCCACGCAAUGGCAAACCACUGGCAUCCUCCUCAGGAGAUUAUCAUUGAAGAGCCACACAGUGAUGAAGCUGUGCACAAGAAGCAUAAGAAGAAGAAACCUCCCAAGACGAUUCAAGUCAAGGAUGAUUUCAGGCCGCCUUCAGUUGUGGUUGUCGUCGACAAACUGGAAAAGAAGGAUAAUCGCAUUCCCCCAGUCAUCAAGGUACAACAAGAGCUGUUAGAUAAGACCGACAACCCACAUGGUUUCCCUGGCUUGGGAACCAGCGACGCCAUAGAUGAAAGCGAGACGACAGAGGAAGUUCCGGCUCUCGCGGAUGAACUCACAAUGAUCCAAAAGUCAUCCUCAGAGAGAACAACUCUGGCAGCCCAAAUUGUUGCAGCCCACAACAAUCAGCCCCGAAUUUCGUCUCCCGAUCCUCCCGCUGCAAAGGCCGAGACGACCAGUCACAAGAUCCUCCCGGAUUUUUCCGCCAUGGCCAAGCAACGACGACAAUCCGAAUCAUCGUCUCGCCGGCGUCGAAGGAACAUUCUCGAUGUCAGCGAUGGCAAUCAUAGCUACACAGAGGGACCCUUGGCUCACAUGUACAUGCGCAAUCAUGAAUCCUGGCCAGCUCCAGCAACCCACAACAACAGUCGUCAGCUUCGUCGUAGCAGCAGUACUCGAACUCCGCACUGGAUUGGGGUGACGGGAACGGCCGAUGAUUGGAUUCGAGCCACCAAACCGGAUGACAUUCUGGAAGUCGGACGUAAGAUUGCUCGACACAGAUUGGAGAUUUAAAUGAUUAGAACUAGACAAAGCUAAAUCACAGAGGCGGAAGUAGUCGACGCGGUUGCCUGGUACGACAUUAGAACAACCGACCGGGUAGCAACAAAAACAAACUAAUUGGACUCUUGUCUUGGGUAAGGCACAAGUGGAGAAGAAUGCGUUGGGAGCUAGCUAGGAAGGUUUCCUGGGUGAAAGGCUAAGGUAGAUCGAUUAAUGGUCGAAGUUCAUUAAAGCUAGAUAAUUUUAUUCAUAUCUUUAGAAGUUACUUCGUAUGAGUUCUACUAGUCGGAAGUUGCCGCUGGCUUUAAGGGAACCAAAGUAGUCGGCUAUCAUCUGCCAGGGUUCAGAACUGAACCUUCAGGUUCCUCACUACCGGUAUCAAGUCGAGCAGCAAGCCAGCUACGCUCUACGGAAAGCAAACCCAGCACACACACACACACACACAGAAACUUGUUCUGAAAUGCUGAAGCAUCAUAGAUUAUUUUCCUUUAUUAAAUUCCUAUUG